AUGACGAAAGAUAAAGCGUUACCUCGAUCACCAUUAAAAAUAUUAUUAUUUGAUGCACGUUUUAAUCGAAUCGAAUUAUUUACAGAUUUAUUUCGUUUUGGUUUAAAACAAAUAUCAACCAGUGGUAAACAACAAUAUGAAAGUAUUUUGUAUAUUUAUGGAAGAAGCUAUCGUGCCAUUGGAAAAACAAAACAGGAUAUUCGACAAACAUUAAGUCAACAUAUAACAGCAACCACGAUUACUAUUCCAACAGGAUCAACGAAUACUGUUAUCAUGAAAGAAGAUGCGAAAACAAAAACAACAAAACGUAAAAAGAAUAGAAAACAGAAACAAAAAUGUGAUAUAAAAGAAAUAAAGUUUGGCCGUAAUGGACCAUUGACUUUACCGUUACCAUUCCCUUCAAUACCAUUAAAACAUAAACAAAUAAAUCUUACGAGCAUGGAAAAUAACUCUCCACAAUGGAAUAAUUUUCAUUCGACAAAUAGCAGUAGUCUAAUGUUUCGUCCUCAAUUAUAUUCACAAAAGCAACCAUUACUAUUACAGUCACAACAUUAUUAUUAUGCAUCCAAUCAAUAUCCUUCAACUUCUACUGCAUCAGCUGAUUUUAUGUCUCCACAUUUAGAACAACACACGCAUCUGUGUCCUAUAUCUUAUCGUCAACAACAUUCAUCACAUUAUCAAAUGACUAAUUAUGAUACUCCACUGAUGGGGCUAACUAAUCCAACAAUAUUGUCCUACAGUAGCCCUUCAAAUUCUACUUUAUAUCAAUCAACAAAUGACAACUCUACUAUCAAAUGGCCAUUGAAUUAUUAUCAACAGUCGCAUUGUUCACAGUUCGAACAAAUGAAUUGGACUCCAACAACAUCCACAAUUAUUCAACAGGAACCAGUACUACCACAAGUAGAUAACGAUGAGGUUGAAUUUUUUCGUUUACAAUGGAAAAUUGAAGAUCAUCUAAUACGAGCUGGAGCAACAUUAGAUGUUAAAAAACGUUAUCGUUCUAAUUCUAUAUCUUCUAACUCUUCUAAUUCUUCUUCUCGCUGGUCACAAUCUUUCUAUCAUCAUAAUAGUACUUCAUACCAACACUUUCGACAUAAUUUGAGAACGGCAUCUCGCUCACGUGAACAGUCUUCUAAUCGAAGAUCAUAUUCCAGAGAACUAUCAGUCGGAUUAAAAUCACCAACUUCAUCUAGAACACGCAAUUUUGAUUCGAAUAAACGACGACAGUACUCAGAUCCAAGAAAAAGAGAGUCAGUAACAACAACAACGACUGCCAAAUAUUCUCAACAUUGCCCUAACACAUUAUCAAUAACAGAACCAACGUCAGAUAAAUCAUUAUCACCAAAAAUGCGCGUCCACGAAUUAAUUGAUGUACUGGCGAGUUUAAUUGAACAAAACCCAUCAGCAACGAAUAACAAACAAACAGCAGGACUGGAUUUCGAUCAAAUAUUACAUUCAAAUGAAAUAAAACAACAAUUACCCGAAUUAUUACAAGUGAAAGAUUUGAAAACCGUUACUCUACUUUUGAAAGAGUAUACACAAAAACAAAGUCAAACACACAAUGUUGAACCAUGGAUAGAUGAUAUUGAAUAUUAUCGUCAACGACAACAUUUAAGAAAACAAAAUUUUGAAGAAGAAAAUCCUCCAUUAAAUGUUUUACAACUGUCCUAUGAACAAGAAGUACGAGCAGAAAUUAAAUUUCGUGCUAUUCAAAAAAGUCAGUAUGGUACUCAGUCAUCAAAAUCAAUAUCAACAAAACCUCGAUAUCGACGUCGUCAACGGCAACGAUUUUUAAAUAAAUUGAAGAAGAAAAAUAAUCAGAAAUAG